GGGUCAUCGGCUUCCUCGCGGGAACCCCGAUCCGCGCGCCCUUCGAGAUCCUGAACAAGCAGAUCCAGACCGGGCAGGCCAAGACCGACCAAGAGGCCAUCGAGAACGUCUUCCUGAAGCCGAAGCCCGGGGAGAUUGUCAAGACCCUCCAGACCACGCUGGCGCUCUGCGUCGUGCGGGGCGUGCCGUUCGGCGCCUUCCAGUGCUUGUUCUACGAGAUCUUCAAG